UUCCCUGACCAGGUAAAACAAUCACGGGUGUUGUAAUGCAAAAUUGGUCAGGAUCUGAAUAUCAAUGAAAAGCGAAAGCCAUUCCAUUUACGAACCGGUUUGCGUGUAGUGUGUAACGGGCUUUACUUAAGUGAAAGAAGAAAUGGCGUGUCGAUGGCCCCCUGUCAGUUUUGAGGCUGCUUUUGGCGCGAAAUGACGCCCGUUUUCCUACUUUUUAUUAUUAAGUAUGGACAAUUAAAUUUACAAAUAAGAUAAAAAUAUAAUCAAAUAAUGACAAUGGAUUUAAAAGAAAUUAUCAAGUGGUUCAUACCGUGUUUUCAUAUUUUGCUAUUUUUAAACAGAAAAAUGCAAGUGCACAUGACUAUUUGUUUAUUUUUAUUUUUUAAUUUGUGUUUAGUAAAUGGGGCAAGGUUAAAUAAGGAGUUUGUUACAAGUGAAAGUAUUGAUAAUGCCAAAAAUGUAGAUAAUUUAGAUAAAUUUAAUUUUAACCAAAGCGAAGUGCGUGAUGAUGUUUUUAACCAAAGGGGAUUCACAGGAGAUGUUUCUGUUGGUCGCACCUUCGGUAUUAGGUUCAGGAAGAUGAUGGGUGCAUUCAUACCCCUGGUCUUCCAGCUGGGAGCCGCUUCCACCUGGGCGGUGGUGGCGGCCAUUGUGGGCGUGAAGACUCUGUUGGUGACCUUAGUGAUACUGAAGAUGUUGCUCUUGGCGGGCGCUGCUAAAGUUGGCGCGCUAUUUGCCAGCAAGACCCAUCAGCCCCACUCCCACGGCUGGGAGCCACAGAAAGAGAUUCACUUGCACAUUCACAACGGCCAAGUAACCCAUGACGAACAUAGUAUCGUACCAUGGAGUCGUGAUGGCAGCCAACAGAUAGAUAACAAGAAUUACAAUGUCAUUAUGGAGCCGUACGCAGCAGGUCCCCAAACAAUUAGCACGCCUUUUGGAAACUAUGUGAAAAUUGAUUCAAGACAUUUAAGACAAAAAUAAAACUAAAAAUAAUUGAGAUGUCCUACCUUUUCUGUCUCUCACAGUGAUAAUUAUAAUUAUUAAAUGGUUUUCAUAGUAGAGCAGAAAUAAUAAAUUGUCUGUAUACAUUUUGGACCGAAAUAAAGGUUACCUU